AUGCAUGAGCAUCAUCACAGAUUAGAGAAAGAGAAGAAGAAGUAUAGAAAUAAUGCAGAUGAUGCUGUCUGUGAGAGAUUGAAGAAGAAGACACAGGAGCUGAUAGAGAAGAAGAGAAUUGAGGCCUUAUUCAGGUUUCAAAUGCACUUCAUGAUUCAGAACAUUGAGAAGACAGCCCUGCUCUCUGAGUAUGUCAAUCUGCUUAUCACUGAGGUGGAACCUGAGGCAGCAGACCAGGAAAUGCGGGAUUUUGAGACACAGAUUGACCUGGCUGAGAGAGAGCAGCAGGAACUCUUCUCUGAGAAGGCAGCAGAGAGAGAUUUUGAGAUAAUUAUCAUCUCAGAUGAGAAGGAGAAGAAGAAGAAGAAGAAUGAGAAGUGA